AUGUCGUUCCUGCGCGUCGUCCUGGAUGAGCUUCGUAAGGUCAAGUCGCAACUCCAAUCCAAAGGCCAGGACGUCGAUUCUAUCCAGGCUGUUCGGGCAGAAUUGAACCAGGUCAAGCGAGCGAAUUGGGGGCUGCACGACCAUUUCAAAGCUGAAUCGGACAGAAUCAGGAAAGAGAUUGCGUCAGCCGAGUCUGCAGCCCAAGCCAACUUCAAGCGCCUCGCCACAGAACACCUGGCGCAGGAACAGGCUUCCGCAUCCAAGAUCCAGGAGCUUGAACACAAACAUGGCCUGACGGAAGCUGAGAACCGGGAACUACGAGAACGCCUGCGCAAGAAAACUUUCCGGGCCGACGACUUGAUGACCUUCCUGAACCAGGGCCGGAACGAGGUUCGCAACAACUGGCCCCGCCUCAAGCGUCUGCUUAAGCAGGGGUUGCCAGUUAAGCCGCCAGCUAAGUGCCAGUGGCGCCCAUCCAGGAUGCGGUCGGAAGUGAUCGAGGUUCUGGGCGAUGACGAUGAAGAGGAAGACAGCCACAGCAGUGAUGAAUCAUACUCCGAACGUAAGAAGGGCAAGAAGUCCACUAAGCGCAAGCGUCGUCACAAGUCCAAGUCCAAGCACACCUCCUCCAAGGCGAGCAAAGCUGGCCAUCCUGAAUCCGGUUCGGGAACAGAGUCAGACGACGGUGGCCGGUCAGAAUCGCCGGCACAGAAGCGCACUCGGUCCAGCAGUUUGGUACAGUCAGAGUCGGACAAAUCGGUUCAGGGUACUCCCAAAGGAUCCAAGCCCAAGUCUUCUCCCCGAAUCGGGCCAGCCCCACACCAAACGGCGCUUGCUGCCAAGGCGUAG